AUGUUUAAAAGAUCAAUUCAAUUAACUUUAAAAAAAAGAUCAAUAAAUUUUCAAAAAUCCAUAAGAAAAAUUUCAACAGAUAUAAAUAAUGGUCAAGCAGAUCAAAAAACUUGGCCAAAUUUAUCAAGUGUUUUAACUACAUUUAGAAAAGAAAGUUAUAGUUUAAUUGGUUGGGGUGUAGCAUUAAGUGGUAUAUUAUUUUGGGGUCCUUAUUUAACUGUUAAAGGUUCAGAUGCUGUUGAUCAUGUACCUCAUGAUACUGGUGCUCAAGUUAAAUUAGAAAAAGUUGGAUUAAAUGAUUAUAAAGCUGUUGUUGAUAUACCACAAACUUAUGUACAACCUGAUAAAGAAGAUGAUGAUGAAGCAGAAGAUGUAGAUGUUGAAGAUGAAGAUUAA